GUACGAGAGGUGGUUGGUCUCGGGCUGGGCAGUGAUAAUAGAAAAGCCGAACCUCUUUGACCUCCCAGUCCCUUCUGUGCCCCCUCCCGGCGGGGCGGGCCUGGUCCUCCCACCUGGGUAGAUUUGUUCCUGAUCCGUUUCUCGUUUUUCCUCUUCCCCCAGGGCCGGGAGUCGCCUUCAACCCUGCGUGGUGCAUCUUUGACAGAAAGUGAGGAGGAAAACACCCCCAUUGUCCCUUGGCAUGGACCCGGGCUCCGUGGGCGGGUUAGACUUGACCGAUCAGACUCCUGUUUUAUUAGGGAGUACGGCCAUGGCAACCAGUCUCACCAAUGUCGGAAAUUCAUUCAGCGGUCCGCCUAAUCCUUUGGUUUCUAGAUCUAAUAAAUUUCAAAACUCUUCGGUGGAAGAUGACGACGACGUUGUUUUCAUCGAACCUGUACAUCCUCCCCCGCCUCCUGCACCCGUGGUCACCGAUCAAAGAGCCAUAGUAUUUGCAUCGUCGAAAAACGAAGAACUGCAAGGAACCGAUUCCAAAAUCCUUCCUUCCUCAAAAGAACUGGCUUCUCAAAAGGGAAGCGUGAGUGAGACGAUUGUCAUUGAUGACGAAGAGGACGUGGAAACAAAUCAAGGGCAGGAAAAAAAUUCCUCCAAUUUUAUUGACCCUCGGAGACCUCCCGAGACUAAAAACAGAACCAAUGAUGUGGAUUUCUCCACCUCCACUCUUUCAAGAAGUAAGGUAAAUGCAGGAAUGGGUAGUAGCGGUAUCACCACAGAACCAGACUCCGAAAUUCAGAUUGCUAAUGUUACCACCUUAGAGACAGGCGCCAGCUCUGUGAAUGAUGGCCACUUAGAAAAUACUGACGGGCGAGAUAUGAACUUAAUGAUUACACAUGUAACGUCACUGCAGAAUACCAGCUUGGGAGAUGUCUCUAACGGACUGCAGUCAAGUAAUUUCGGUGUUAAUAUGCAAACAUACACCCCAUCUUUAACUUCACAGACCAAGACUGGAGUAGGACCUUUUAAUCCUGGUAGAGUGAAUGUGGCAGGAGAUGAAUUUCAGAAUGGAGAAUCUGCCGCUCAUCACAGCCCUGACUCGUGGAUCUCGCAGUCAGCGUCGUUCCCCCGGAAUCAGAAGCAGCCCGGGGUGGACUCCUUAUCGCCAGUGGCCUCGCUUCCCAAGCAGAUUUUCCCGCCUUCCGCCCAGCAGCAACCCACUAAGCCGGUUAAAGUCACUUGUGCAAACUGCAAGAAACCUUUACAGAAGGGACAGACGGCUUACCAACGGAAAGGAUCCGCUCACCUCUUCUGUUCCACCACCUGCCUCUCCUCCUUCUCGCACAAGCCUGCUCCAAAGAAACUCUGCGUCAUGUGUAAAAAAGACAUAACCGCCAUGAAGGGGACCAUUGUUGCCCAGGUGGACUCGAGCGAGUCCUUCCAGGAGUUCUGCAGCACAUCCUGCCUGUCCCUCUACGAGGACAAACAGAGCCCCGCCAAGGGGGCGCUGAAUAAGUCGAGGUGUACGAUCUGCGGUAAACUGACAGAGAUUCGCCAUGAAGUUAGCUUUAAAAAUAUGACUCAUAAGCUGUGCAGCGACCACUGCUUUAAUAGAUACAGAAUGGCCAACGGUCUGAUCAUGAAUUGCUGCGAGCAGUGUGGGGAGUACCUGCCCAGCAGAGGGGCCGGGCACAACAUCCUGGUGAUUGACGGGCAGCAGAAGAGGUUCUGCUGCCAGGGCUGUGUCAGCGAGUACAAACAGGUAGGUAGCCACCCAAGCUCCCGGAAGGAGGUUCGCGAUCACAUGCAGGAGUCUUUCUUAAUGCAGCCCGAGAAAUACGGAAAACUGACCACUUGUACCGGCUGCCGAACGCAGUGCAGAUUUUUCGACAUGACGCAGUGCAUUGGCCCCAACGGUUACAUGGAGCCGUACUGCUCCACGGCCUGCAUGAACAGCCACAAGACCAAGUGCGCGCGGUCACAGAGUUUGGGAAUUAUUUGCCAUUUUUGUAAGCGAAACUCUUUACCUCAGUAUCAAGCCACAAUGCCUGAUGGAAAACUGUAUAACUUUUGCAAUUCCAGCUGUGUGGCUAAAUUUCAGGCGCUAAGUAUGCAGUCAUCUCCAAACGGCCAGUUUGUAGCUCCAAGUGAUAUUCAGUUGAAAUGCAACUAUUGCAAAAAUUCCUUUUGUUCAAAGCCAGAAAUCCUGGAAUGGGAGAGCAAAGUGCACCAGUUCUGCAGCCGGGCGUGCGCCGACGACUACAAGAAGCUGCACUGCAUCGUCGCCUACUGCGAGUACUGCCAGGAGGAGAAGACCCUGCACGAAGCCGUCAGCGUGUCCGGCGCCAAGAGGCCGUUCUGCAGCGAAGGCUGCAAACUCUUGUACAAACAGGAUUUCGCCAGGCGUUUGGGACUGAGGUGUGUCACUUGUAACUACUGCUCGCAGCUGUGUAAGAAGGGGGCGACCAAGGAGCUGGACGGCGUGGUGCGGGACUUCUGCGGGGAGGACUGCUGCCGCAAGUUCCAGGACUGGUACUACAAGGCCGCGCGGUGUGACUGCUGCAAGUCCCAGGGCGCGCUGCGGGAGCGCGUGCAGUGGCGCGGCGAGAUGAAGCACUUCUGCGACCAGCACUGCCUGCUGCGCUUCUACUGCCAGCAGAACGAGCCCAACAUGACCACCCAGAAGGGGCCCGAGAACCUGCACUACGAUCAGGGCUGUCAGACGUCCCGAACCAAAAUGACCGGUUCAGCGCCACCCCCUUCUCCGACGCCUAACAAAGAGAUGAAGAACAAAGCGGUCCUCUGCAAACCGCUGACGAUGACGAAAGCCACUUACUGUAAACCUCACAUGCAGACCAAAUCCUGUCAGACAGAUGACCACUGGAAGGCGGAGCGCGUGCCAGUGCCCAUCCCCGUGCCCGUGUACGUCCCGGUGCCCAUGCACAUGUACAGCCAGAGCGUCCCCGUCCCCACCACCCUUCCUGUGCCCGUCCCCGUCCCCGUUUUCCUGCCGGCCCCGCUGGACAGCAGCCAGCCGAGCCCGGCCGUGGCCGAGGAGCAGAAGAGCAAGACCCCCUCAGACCCUCUUGACACCAACUUGCUCACGAUGACCGACCUGGUGACUGAGGAUGAAGGCAAGACGGAAGCCACCAGCGUCAACAGUGAGCCGCCCUGUGUGCCCCGUGCGAGUGCGUGUGUGUGCGGUUUAGCGUGUCAUGCUCGGCAGGACACGUUUCAGGCCCGUGACUGUGCCCCAGCUCGACAAGGGGGUGAGGGCCACACAGGACAAAACGUGUUUCACGGCAAGAGGGCCCGCUGUACCUGGACAGGUGUCCUCGGUGCCAUACCUAGCUUCAAGCAGAAAUUGGCAUAGACCCUAUUUUAAUGGUUACAGGAUUUGACUUGUAAAAUCGACUCCAAAUUGUUCUCGUUUUAAUGGACCAGCUCAGAUACAAAAGUAACUUGUAGGCUUUAAUGAUAAUCCAGGCUCUUACUUUGUAACGGUUCUCCCCAGUUUUGUUUCAUUGAUGAGACCAAUAAUGUUUGCAUGAUGUACACCAGGGCUUACCCUAACUUCCGUUAGGGCGGUGCUUGCCAAGGACAUAGUGGGUGACUCUGUCUCGUGGAGUGUUUGUUCCUCCCCGUACUCCUCAGGUGGCACCCAGAGUCCUGUUUCAGCCGUGAGCUGCUCAAGCCCCAUCACCCCGGAGCACAGGAGAAACACUGCACAUUCCGUGUGCUUCAUAAUGUGACCGUGUCGGUGAAGCACUUGGUUGGGGAGCC